AACCGCGGCGGCGGUGGCGGAGGCGGGGAUCCCGCGGCUGCGGCGACGGCGGCCGCGGUGGAGCCACGGGUCGGGCUCGGCUCGGUGUGACGGCGGCCUCGGCGGCGGUGGCGGCCGCGACCAGGUCGGCGUCCUGGCCAAGCAUGGUGACAGCCUGUGCCCUCGGCCCCCUCGUCUGGCGCAGCCGGAAGAGCCGCCAGCCUCGGGCGCCGAUGGCCCCCCAUGUGAGGGAGUGAGCAGCCUGGCCCUGCCCUACGGAGUGAGGGGGGACGCAGCGGCUGAGUGAGCUGAGACCACGCUGCCGACCCCCUCCCACCAGUUGACGAAUGGUGGACCGAGCAAUGAAUGACCCAUGUCAGGGUCAUGGAAUAAUGGUGGGAAGCAAGGCAUGAGUGACCCCCGUGGUCACCUGUAACUUCUCAGUAGAGAUAGUGGUCUCGGUGCCCCAAGCCGACUCAGCCGACCCUCCCGGCCCUCGCCCCAGCUGAUGGGGCCACUGGGGCCCCGAGCAGCAGCUUGACCGUCCAGACCCCACCCUGCCCAGCCAUGGCCGGUGCUGAGGGCUUCCAGUACCGCGCACUGUACCCAUUCCGCCGGGAGCGGCCGGAGGACCUGGAGCUGCUGCCGGGCGACGUGCUGGUGGUGAGCCGGGCAGCCCUGCAGGUGCUGGGCGUGGCUGAGGGCAACGAGCGCUGCCCACAGAGCGUGGGCUGGAUGCCUGGCCUCAAUGAGCGCACGCGGCAACGAGGUGACUUCCCCGGCACCUACGUCGAGUUCCUGGGUCCUGUAGCCCUGGCCCGGCCUGGCCCUCGUCCACGUGGCCCCCGCCCACUGCCCGCCAGGCCCCGGGAUGGGCCCCCUGAGCCAGGCCUCACACUCCCCGACCUGCCAGAGCAGUUCUCCCCACCUGAUGUGGCUCCCCCCAUCCUGGUGAAGCUGGUGGAGGCCAUUGAGCAGACAGGGCUAGACAGCGAAUCCCUCUACAGGCCUGAGCUGCCCGCCCUGCGCACAGACUGGUCCCUGAGCGACGUGGAGCAGUGGGACACCGCAGCCCUGACAGACGGCGUCAAGGGCUUCCUGCUGGCACUGCCCGCGCCCCUCGUGACUCCCGAGGCCGCGGCCGAGGCGCGCCGGGCCCUGCGGGAGCCCGCGGGGCCGGUGGGGCCGGCGCUGGAGCCCCCGACGCUGCCGCUGCACCGCGCGCUCACGCUGCGCUUCCUGCUCCAGCACCUGGGCCGGGUGGCCCGGCGCGCUCCCGCUCCGGGCACCGCCGUGCGAGCCCUGGGCGCCACCUUCGGGCCGCUGCUGCUGCGCGCGCCGCCUCCCUCGCCGCCGCCAGGGGGCGCGCCCGACGGGACUGAGUCCAGCCCUGACUUCCCGGUGCUGCUGGUGGAGAAGUUGCUUCAGGAACAUCUGGAGGAGCAGGAGGUCGCACCCCCAGCGCUGCCGCCUAAACCUCCCAAGGCAAAGCCUGCCCCUGCAGGCCUGGCCAAUGGGGGGAGCCCGCCCUCCCUGCAGGACGCUGAGUGGUACUGGGGUGACAUCUCCAGAGAGGAGGUGAACGAGAAGCUCCGGGACACGCCUGAUGGCACCUUUCUGGUCCGAGAUGCGUCUAGCAAGAUCCAGGGGGAGUACACACUGACCCUCAGGAAAGGCGGGAACAACAAGCUGAUUAAGGUCUUCCACCGCGACGGGCACUACGGCUUCUCAGAGCCACUCACCUUCUGCUCCGUUGUGGACCUCAUCACCCACUACCGCCAUGAGUCACUGGCCCAGUACAAUGCCAAGCUGGACACCCGGCUCCUCUACCCCGUGUCCAAGUACCAGCAGGACCAGAUCGUCAAGGAGGACAGUGUGGAGGCGGUGGGUGCCCAGCUCAAAGUCUACCACCAGCAGUACCAGGAUAAGAGCCGCGAGUAUGACCAGCUCUAUGAAGAGUACACCCGCUCCUCCCAGGAACUGCAGAUGAAGCGCACAGCAAUUGAGGCCUUCAAUGAGACCAUCAAGAUCUUUGAAGAGCAGGGCCAGACGCAAGAGAAGUGUAGCAAGGAAUAUCUGGAGCGCUUCCGACGUGAGGGCAAUGAGAAAGAGAUGCAGAGGAUCCUGCUGAACUCCGAGCGGCUCAAGUCUCGCAUCGCCGAGAUCCAUGAGAGUCGCACAAAGCUGGAGCACGAGCUGCGGGCACAGGCCUCAGAUAACCGAGAGAUCGACAAGCGCAUGAACAGCCUCAAGCCAGACCUCAUGCAGCUGCGCAAGAUCCGAGACCAGUACCUCGUGUGGCUUACCCAGAAGGGCGCCCGACAGAAGAAAAUCAACGAGUGGUUGGGGAUCAAAAAUGAGACUGAGGACCAGUAUGCGCUGAUGGAGGAUGAGGAUGACCUCCCCCACCAUGAGGAACGCACGUGGUAUGUGGGCAAGAUCAACCGGACACAGGCUGAGGAAAUGCUGAGUGGCAAGCGGGAUGGUACCUUCCUCAUCCGGGAGAGCAGCCAGCGGGGCUGCUACGCCUGCUCCGUGGUGGUGGACGGCGACACCAAGCACUGCGUCAUCUACCGCACGGCCACGGGCUUCGGCUUCGCGGAGCCCUACAACCUGUACGGCUCGCUGAAGGAGCUGGUCCUGCACUACCAGCACGCCUCGCUAGUGCAGCACAACGACGCGCUCGCCGUCACGCUCGCCCACCCGGUGCGCGCCCCCGGCCCCGGGCCCCCGCCCGCCGCCCGCUGACGGCCGCGCGCCCGCGCCCAGCCGAGGCGCCCCUGCGCGGCCUGGAGGGCUCCGUCUUUGGGGCUUUCCGUCUGUCUGUCUGUCUCUCUCUCCAUUUCUCUCUGUCUGAGCCUCUCUCCGUCUCUCCCUGUCACUCUGUCUCCUCCCCUCCCCGUCCAUCUGUCCUUCUCUCUGUCCCUCCGUGUCUCCGGGUUGGGGGUCCUGCCUCCCCGGCCCCAUACGCCCCUCUCCCGUGGGCACCGCCCUCGGGCCACCCCGAACGCCGUGCCCUGCCCACCAGAGCCGCCCCCCCCCGACAUGGUCCCCGAAGACCCACCUGGCUGCACCUGCCAUGUUUACAGAGGCCCCUGGGCUGUGCGGCCCCAGCCUGGGUGCCCCGAUUUUUAAGCCAUAGACCUGGGGUCACGGCAGGAAGGAACUUUAACCACUUCCAAGGAACUUGGAACUUCCAAGUUCUAAGGAACUUGGCCACUUUUAAGAAUCACCUCGGCCGGGAUAUUCUGGGCCGGGCGGGACCCGCCCCACAGACGCCAACUUCCCCUCCAAACCCUGAAGUGAAACCACCACUUGGUUGUCCCCACAAAGGGGCCACUGCCAAGAAGUAACCCCCCAAAAAAGAAAAGAAUUAAAAAUAAACGGGGGAGCCGGCCCCACCCGGCGGCAGGCCUCCCAGACGCGGGGGCUGCCCGCAUGCCGGUCGCACCUCUGCCCACAGCACUUCCACUCGAUGGAGGCUCAAGGCUUCUCCCCGAUCAUGUUAGGUUCUGAUUGUAUUUUUUCUUGACUGUAAAGCCCUUUUUUCUCUCCUCUUUUGGGACGAGAGCCCUGGUUUUCUACACUACCCGCGGACCCCCCCCUCCUGCCUGCCCAGCUAGGCUGGGGGGCAGCUUUUGUAUGGUACGUUGAUAUUGAUAUGGAUAUAAAACCUGGAACAUGUGGAUGC